UAUUACACCAUACAUGCCGGCGCGUUACCUUUAAAAGUUCUACUGAGCAAGUAUAACAAUUGAAACGUCCGUCCAUCCAUCAAUUUUCCUACCGCUUGUCUCCUUCGAGGUGUAAAAUAAUAUUUUGUUUAACGAAAUUUGACUCCGCAUUCGACCCAUCUCAUUGAGGAAUAGAAGGCAGCAAAUGUGUAGCUGAUUUUCCUUCGGAGCCAACGUCGCCCCCAUGCAACGUAAAGCUGUUGCAUGUUGUCCACAUUCACCCUACUUCGGCGAAAUUCCGAAUUAAAGAGCCUGGAGGAGCGUUGCAACAGGAUCCUGAGGAACAUGGAGGCCUCUCUCACGGCUCGGGACCGCGUCGGAAUCCAGGAUUUUGUUCUCUUGGACAACUACACCAGCGAGACCGCCUUCCUGGACAACCUGAGGAAACGCUUCCAUGAGAAUCUGGUUUAUACCUACAUAGGCACUCUUUUGGUGUCAGUCAACCCAUACAAGGAGCUGGACAUCUACAGCAAGAGUCAGAUGGACACCUACAUGGGCGUCAACUUCUUUGAACUUCCACCUCACAUCUACGCGCUGGCAGACAACGUGUUCCGCACCAUGCUGUCCGAGUUCAACAACCACUUCAUCCUGAUUUCGGGGGAGAGCGGCGCAGGCAAGACGGAGGCCUCGAAGAAGAUUCUGCACUUUUAUGCGGUCAGCUGUCCGAGUACCAAAGUCCUGAAUAACGUCAGAGACAGGAUGCUGGUCUCCAACCCUGUGCUUGAGGCUUUCGGAAAUGCCAAAACCCUAAAGAAUGACAACUCCAGUCGCUUCGGGAAGUAUAUGGACAUCCAGUUUGAUCACCAGGGCGGGGCAGUCGGGGGACACAUUCUCAGCUACCUGCUGGAGAAGUCACGCGUGGUCCAUCAGAACCACGGCGAGCGGAACUUCCACAUCUUCUACCAGCUGGUGGAGGGCGGAGAGGAAGAUCUGCUCCGCUGGCUGGGCCUAGAGAGGAACUGUCAGCUUUACCGCUACCUGAUUCAGGGUAAUUGUGCCAAAGUCAGCUCCAUCAACGACAAAAGCGACUGGAAGACGGUGCGGAGAGCCCUUUCUGUCAUUGACUUCAGCGAGAGUGACACCGAGCACCUGUUUGGAAUCAUUGCCAGCGUGCUCCACUUGGGGAACGUCAAGUUCGAGAUGGAUGCUCGAGGUUAUGCCAGUCUCAACAACAACCAGGAAAUGCAAUGGGUGUCAAAAUUACUUGGGAUCCCCGCUCAGGUGCUACAACAGGGCUUAACGCACCGAAAGAUCGAGGCCAAAAAGGAGGAGGUUUUUAGUCCCUUUUCUGUGGACCACGCUGUUUACGCGAGGGACGCCCUGGCCAAAGCUGUCUAUGGACGCACUUUCAACUGGCUGGUCAACAAGAUCAAUGAAUCGCUGGCAAACAUGGAUUCCUCCAGAAAGACGGUGAUCGGUCUGUUAGACAUCUAUGGAUUCGAGGUUUUCAACGUGAACAGCUUUGAGCAGUUUUGCAUCAACUACUGCAACGAGAAGCUUCAGCAACUUUUCAUCCAGCUGACUCUGAAGUCGGAGCAGGAGGAGUACGAGACAGAAGGCAUCGAGUGGGAGCCAGUGCCAUAUUUCAACAAUAAGAUCAUCUGCGACCUUGUGGAGGAGAAACACCGAGGGAUCAUCUCCUUAUUGGAUGAGGAGUGUUUACGUCCCGGCGAGGCCACAGAUCUCACUCUGCUGGAGAAAAUGGAGGAAGAGAUCGGCGGUCACCCUCAUUUUGUCACACACAAACUUGCCGACCAAAGGACGAGGAAAACACUGGAGAGAGGAGACUUCCGCCUGCUGCACUACGCUGGAGAGGUCACAUACUGUGUAGUGGGAUUUCUGGACAAAAACAACGACCUUUUGUAUCAAAAUGGAAAAGAGGUUAUGCAACAGUCGAAAAAUGCUAUCAUCAAACAUUGUUUUCCUUCGACCGAGCCGGACCGAAAGAGGAGACCUGAAACUGUGGUGACCCAGUUCAAGAGCAGCCUGGUGGGCCUGACCGAGAUCCUAAUGACCAAAGAGCCUUGGUACAUCCGCUGCAUCAAACCCAAUGAAGCCAAACUCCCGGGACGCUUUGAUGAAGUGCUGGUGCGACAUCAGGUCAAGUACCUGGGCCUGAUGGAGCACCUGAGGGUGCGGCGUGCGGGGUUUGCGUACCGCCGAAAAUAUGAGAUCUUCCUCCAGAGGUACAAGGCCUUAUGUCCGGACACCUGGCCCAACUGGAAAGGUACCGCUGCGGAAGGUGUGCAGUGCCUAAUCAAGCAUCUGGGCUACAAACCUGAUGAGUACAAGAUGGGCAGGACAAAGAUUUUCAUCCGCCAUCCGGAAACUCUGUUUGCAACGGAAGACGCCUUUCAAGUGUGCAAACAUAAGCUAGCUACAAGGAUUCAGGCCAAAUACAAAGGCUACCGCGUGAAAGGCGACUACCAGAAGCAGAAAGAGGCCGCCACUAAGAUCGAGAACUGCUUCCGAGGCAUGAUGGCGAGAAAGGAGCGAGAAAAGAGGGAAUGGGCAGUUCGGAUCAUCAAGAGGUUCAUUAAAGGUUUCAUGACCAGAAAUGAUCCUUCCAGCGCUGACAAUAGAGAGUACCUGGCAUACGUGAGGCAAAACUAUUUGACUCGGCUCAAGGAGAACCUCCCAAAGACGGUCCUGGAAAAAGACUCUUGGCCCACCCCUGCGCCUGUAAUGAACGAGGCGUCCCAGUUCCUAAAAAAGCUCUACAUUCGCCACAUGGUCCGUAAGUACGUCCAAGGAAUGACAGAGGAGAGGAAAGCACAGCUUGAGUUAAAAGUCCAGAGCGGCUGCAUGUUCAAAGACAAAAAGGAGAACUACCCCUUCAGUGUGUGCAGACCCUUCCUGGACACCAGGAUAGGCACUGAAGACAUAAGCAUGAAAGUCAUGCAAGCGAUUCGUCACGAGCGCGUCAAGUACGCCGUCCCCGUGGUCAAGUAUGACAGGAACGGCUUCAGGCCUCAUCCGCGGCAGCUCGUCUUCACUCAGGAAGCCGCCUAUCUCGUGGAGGAGGCCAAGAUCAAGCAGAGGAUUGAUUACAGCUCGCUGAAAGGCGUUUCCGUCAGCAACCUGAGUGACAACUUCCUGAUCCUCCAUGUUGCAUGUGAUGACAUCAAACAGAAGGGAGAUCUUGUUCUGCAGUGUGACUUCCUGUUUGAGGCCCUCACCAAGCUGUGUGUCAUUACCAACAAGUCGGACCUAAUCCAGGUGGUCCAGGGCAGCGUGCGAUUCGACAUCCAGCCCGGCAGGGAAGGCUUCGUGGACUUCCGGAGCGGCCACGAGUCGGCGGUCUACAGGGCCAAAAAUGGCCAUUUGACGGUGGAAUCAACAAGAAGCAGAUGAUUUGUGCACCGACCCUCGCUCUGCAUACUAUAGUAACAGCCAGGCUAUGCUGUUAUUGCCAAUAUUUCCGUCGUGGAGUGACUAGUUAGAGUAACGGAAUGUCCACUCACAUCCACCAGCCUUAAUGAGACAAAUAGACACUUAGAAGCAUUUCUAUUUAAGUCCUCCUUAAAAACUCAUAAUAAGGAGGGCACCAUCAUAAUAACUGCAAUGUUUAUACGUUCUAUUCUAUUACAUUUACUUUCGUUUACUGUUACAGUUGACUGGUGUUCUUGUGUAUUUGUAUUUUUUUUAAAGUUGUUUUUAAUGUAUA